GAGGCCGCGUAGGCUCAGGGCGGCAGAAGCGCCGGGCGGGUGGGCGUGCUCCGCCUUCCGGUGGGCGCACGUGGCGCCGGCGAGUGUCUGCUGAGGGCAGCCGGGAUCUGGGGGGGGGUUCGGGGAGCGUGAGCCGCGCUCUCUCUGCGGGUCGGAGCCAGCAUGUCUUUCCGAGGCGGCGGUCGCGGCGGAUUUAAUAACCGAGGUGGCGGCGGCGGCUUCCAUCGCGGCGGCAGCAACAACAACCAUUUCCGAGGCGGCGGCGGCGGCUUCAGGGGCGGCGGCGGCGGCGGCGGCUUCAGGGGAGGCGGCGGCGGCGGUGGCCGAGGCGGAUUCGGACGAGGGGGUGGCCGCGGGGGCUUCAGCAAAGGCCAGGACUUCGGGCCCCCGGAGCACGUCGUGUUGUUAGGAGAGUUCAUGCAUCCCUGUGAAGAUGACAUAGUUUGUAAAUGUACAACAGAGGAAAAUAAAGUGCCUUACUUCAACGCUCCAGUUUACUUAGAAAACAAGGAACAAAUUGGAAAAGUGGAUGAAAUAUUUGGACAACUUAGAGAUUUUUACUUUUCAGUUAAGCUGUCAGAAAACAUGAAAGCAUCUUCUUUCAAAAAACUACAGAAGUUUUACAUAGACCCCUAUAAGCUCUUGCCACUGCAGAGGUUUUUACCUCGACCACCAGGUGAGAAGGCACCACCUAGAGGGGGAGGAAGAGGAGGCAGAGGAGGAGGACGAGGAGGAGGAGGAGGCCGAGGAGGUACCAGAGGCGGGAGAGGCGGUGGUUUUAGAGGAGGAAGAGGAGGCGGAGGCUUCAGAGGAGGAAGAGGGGGUGGUUUCAGAGGGAGAGGACAUUAAGCAUAACAGUGGACAGAAACUGCAGUCGGCUCCUGCACUAGUAAAACGGUGUGCUUCUAUGGAUUGGAGGCUUGUUUCUUCAGCAAGUCUGGAAGAAUGGUCCAUUUAUGGCAGCGGAAAAGAAAAAAAAAGUCAACAUUGUGCAAAAAGUAGGCACAACAGAAUAGGCCAUUUUGCUCUAAAAGAGCAGACACAAGUGUACUCAUGUUUUGUAUACCUAGAACUCUGGGUGUUUAAUGAUAGUUUUAAAACAUUUGAAGCAUAUUUGAGUUUUCUUUAAUAAAAUACUUUAUUCUUUAAGUUA